GCCGAGUUCGGAAGCUUUCGGUUCUCUUAAAUCUAUUCGUUUGUUGGUUGAUUUCUUAGCUUCAGUUUUGCCUCUGGCCUCCGGUGAGGAGUAUUUGGCUUUGAGCGGAUUCAAAUUUUUCGCAUGCUGCCGACGGGUGUAACGACCAUUUGAUUCAGCUUGGUUCCUCUAAUUUGAGGAUUUCUGCUCCUUCGCUCGGAACGCUGAACAGGAUUAAAAAGCAUUAGUGAUCCUGUAAAGAGAUAGUGAUCGGAUGUUCAAUCGUAUAUUAGACGCACCUUGAAUGCUGCAGGUGGUUUGUGGAAAGAAUUGUUUCAGGAAAACUUGUAUUACAUCAAUCUACAGUUGAAUAGUUGUGAUGCGAAAGAACACCAAAGUGUAAACCCGAAAUAAUAUUGAAUAAAAAUGUAACUGCAAUACUGCUCCCUUUAUUGUUUCUAAAAUCUUCUAAACAAAAUCCACGGAUAACAUUUAUAUUCGAAGCUAAUCUCCUUCUAUGUGGUGUUUAAUCAGUGAAAGUACAACCGAUUUUCGCGCCAGAACCUCCCCUCCAAACGAUAAUGCUGUGAAUCUGAUGAAUACAUAAUUACGUGGCGAAUUGUUACGAUGAUGCUUCCAGAAAAUUGCCAACUCGAAGAUUAUAAUGCAAAUGUGAGUCGAGAAGCGAGCUAUCCCAAAUGAUAAUUUUCCGCUCGAUUGCUUCCAGUGAAAAAAGUGGGCAAAUGUCAGCAAAAUCCCGUACAUAACUACAACUAUAAUAGCUGGUACUGAAACGAAACGAGAAUAAGAACGAGAACGAGAGUUCUCCAGCAGAAUCCUUGAACAAACAACCACAAGAAGAAGCAACAAGAGGAUUGGUAAUGCUCCCGAGGAGGAUUGGACAGGAUUUGAUUCGGUUGCAUUAGAGCCGGUGUACGCGCUACUUGUGCUAUUUAUCGUCUCGUGCUGGUGGAGCACAACAAACAACAAGUGAAACGUUGAAUUGUGAGUACGCUCGCAAUCUUGCAUGUGCAAUUAUCGUUAUUUUUUCUUCUCUGCUCCGGAAAUAAAAAAAAAAGAACAAACCCACAACACAACUUUCCAGUUCCGUUCCGUUUGCCACGAAGAACCAGAAGCAACAGCAACAGAAUCAUCAGGAUUAAGGACGUCUGAGGACACUUCCGGAGGCUGACAAGCGAGCAGUCAUUUGUGGAUAUAUUUUGACAUUAGAUGAGAAAUAUACCGAGGAGCAUCGUGAUGAAGCUUUCGGAGAGCAAAUCGGACACCUCGAUUAUCACCAAUCUGUACAAAUCGAUCAACAACAACUACCGGAGGCUGUCGAAUACCAGUAGCCUGCUGCAUCGGAUACCGGAUAUGGACAUCUCGUUCAUGAACAUAGCGGACGAGUACGAUAUCGAGAAGACGAUAGCGGAGGGUUGUUACGCGAAGAUCUACCUUGCUCACCACCGACCAACCGGGACCAGCGUUGUGCUCAAAGCAAUACACACGGAACUGACCAGCUUGAAGGAGUUCAUCAAGGAGUUCCACUACAAUUAUCAGCUCAGCCAUCAUCCGAAUAUUUUAAGCUGCUAUCAGGUUAAGUUUCAGACGAACGAAUACUAUGUUUUUGCUCAGGAGCACGCUCCGUUUGGGGAUUUGGCGGCAAAUGUUGGAGCUAAUGGGUUGCCGGAGUCCAGCUGUAAGAAAAUUGCCGAACAACUUAGCUCAGCACUAGGGUUUAUGCACUUGAAAGGAUUGGUUCAUAGGGAUCUGAAACUGGAGAAUAUUUUGGUUUUUACUCCGGAUUUUUCCCGGGUGAAGCUGUGUGACUUCGGGGCAACCACUAGGGAAGGACUGCUAGUUAGUAAGAACAACAAUACCUGGAUCGCAUUCCUACCGCCCGAAGUAUUAGAGGUCGUGAAAAACGAACGGUUUAUCUGCAAAGCAUCGUCUGACUCGUGGCAGUUCGGGAUAGUGUUGUAUGUCUGUUUGAUCGGGUCUACGCCUUGGAAAUCGGCUGAUUGGGUUCGAGAUCCGAAGUAUGCCGGGUUCAUGAAAUACCAGAAGCGUGAGACGACGAAGAUACCGGACAAUUUUCGAAGGUUCACUCCCCGGUUGUUGCGAGCAUUCCGAAGGAUAUUCGAUCACACCGAAGAGGAUCGAGCCAAAGUGAGCGACAUCAUGAAGUAUAUGAAGAACAAAUGGAUGGAUAAUAAAAUUCCUAUCUCCAAAUCAACCUCAAACAUCCCAAGCAAUAUUCAGCAGCAGGCAUCUUCGGACCAAGAUUCGGUAAAGUACAUCAACCAUCGGGAAAGUCGGAACUCGUUCGAUGGCCGACUUCGAGCACGGCGAAUGACCAGUUUCGGUGGCAUCACACCGGAACCGGCUCCCAUAACUGGGUUGGACCCGGAAUCGACUCGGAACAAGGUCUGGGAAUGGCUGGAAUCGAAUGACCUUAGCAGGCACGACAGCACCGAUGACGUUGUGGAUUUCUCUUUCUGGAACAAAAGCGAAAGCAAAUCGUAUCGGUUUACGAAACGGGAAUCGAUAAUCGCCUCAUCCUCGGCGACCACCACCAUGACCUUGACCACGACCACCAGGGAAACUAGCAGUGCCAGUAGUGGGCAGCGCUAUAAAUAGGCUUAACCAAAUUAGGCGGUAAAGAGGUAAACAUCC